UAGACAACUGCACUAAAUGUAAGUGAUGACAAAUUCAUAGUGUAAAUUAUAAAAUAACCUAAAGCCAAUAGUGAGUUCCUAGUUUCUGUAAUAUUUCUUAGUUCAUCUUUGAGAAUAUUCACAUCAAGUGAAUUAUAAGUUUAGUGACUUCCAAGUGUUUUGUUAUAAUGUCUAUACCCGUAGAUUUAGAACUAAAGAAAGCUUUCGGAGAACUACAAUUAAAAAUGCAAAGUACUAAAAAAAAGAUACAUGUUAUCGAUAGUCAAAUUGAAGUGCUUAAAAAGGUAAUGAGGCAUGUUGAAGUUCAAUCGGAUACACUGCCAGCUGACACAAAAGCCUACGAAUCAGUAGGUAGGAUGUUUCUCUUAACCGACAUAGAGGAGAUAAAAAGUAAUCUCGAGACUAAAGUAACCCAAUUGUCAACUCGUAUUUCUGAACUUGAAGAGAGUAAGCAGUAUUUAGAAAAAAACUUAAAAGAGAGCCAAGACAACAUCAGAGAAAUGGUACAACAGCGCAAAGUACAAAGUGAAAAAACUGCAUAACCAUAGAAAUAACUCUUCUAUUACCAAAGAAUUUGGUAUCUUGAAAGUAUUUUAUAAUUCUCUUAAUUUUAUAUAAAUAACACUCAUUUUUUAGUUAUAACAAGUAUAUGAACAAUGAUUGACUACAAAAAAAUGUAACUGCUUAAUUAUUAUUAAACUUAUUUCAUUUUAAA